AUGUAACUAAUCAAGGCACUUUUCAGAUAAAAUGAUAAUUCCUCUGAUCAAUCUAAAUAUUUAACUGAAGAAAAUAUUAAAUUUUUAUUUUGGUAUGAUAGGGAUAAUGCAAAUGAUAUAAACAAUAAAAUGAAAUAAAUUUCUUAAAAUAAUCAUCUUAAAUCGAUAGUGCUUGAAUUUAUAGAUAGGUUUGAUUUGGCAUAAAAUUUCGAAAAGUAUAUAAAUUAUCUAUCAAGCUGCUAAAAUUUAGUAGAUGUUAACAUUAACUUAAGAAACUGUAAGAUAGAAGACACAUAAUUGCAGAACAUAUGCUUGGCUAUAGAAAAGCUUUAAAAUCUCAAAGUAUUAAAACUAAAUGUUGGAGACAACUAAAUUCUUUAGGGAGAUACUGAAGAAAAUUAAAUAUCUAAAAUGAUUUAAAAUAUGCCAUAAAUUGAAUCUCUGAGCUUUAAUUUUAUGUUUGUAUUUAACUCUGGGAAUAAAGUAACUUAAAUAAUUAAGACAAUUUCUAAUUUAUAGAAAAUCGUUCAUCUAGAUGUCGUUUUUUGGGCAGUAGCUCUCACUAAUGAUUAAGCUACUAGUAUUGGCCAAUGCUUGAACAAGAUGAUUAAUCUAAAAUACUUAUAUUUAGAUUUUAAGGCUACUAGAAUAUAACACAAUGUUAUUAAUAAUUACUUCUAGCAAGUAUUUCCUAAUCUUUAAAAUUUAAUUUCACUUCGAGUAGAUUUGAGAGCUUUAGGCUUUAGUGUAAACAAACGUUCCCUCUUUAAGAUUAUGAGACUUAUGAAUAUUCAAGUAUUAUGCUGA